CCAGCCCUGCAGGUCGGCGAAAACUUGGCCGUUGGUAUUAUAUUUUUUAGAACACAAGGCCGAGCAAAAGGAAAAUGGCAAGCAGAGUCUAUCCUUCACGGUUCAAGGGUGGCGAUGUGACUUCAGUUUCAUCUGAUGUAUAUUCUCAUCUGGGAUCCCAAGUUUCUUUAGCUUAUGAUAAACAGGAAGAUUGCAGGAAUUGUUGUCCCAGGAGAUGCUGCAUAAUCACUUGUAUAAUCUUGCUCAUUCUUGGAGUUCUAGCAGUUGUAUUAACCUGUGCGGUUAUAUUUGGAAUACCACCCAGAGAGCCAAUAAUCCGUCAGUGUAAAACCACUUCAGAUUCAGUUGGCUUUCUAUGUGAUGACCGCAGUACUUGCAUCAUUUCGACACAGAUGUGCAAUGGCAAAGUAGACUGCAGCAAUGGUGAAGACGAAUCAGACUUGUACUGUGGAGACCUGCCGAAAAGCCUCCCUAAGCAUUUAGUUUUUACAUGUGGCAACCAGAAGUCCUGGAUCUAUUCAGAUCAGAAGUGUGAUGGAAAAAAUCACUGUGGAGACUGCUCAGAUGAAUCAGAGUUGCACUGCCCUGCCUGUUCUGGAUGGAAAUGUUCUACCAUAUUCUUCAGUGACUGUGACUGCAUACCAAAGAGUCGCUGCAAAGACUACAUUCAGGACUGCAGUGAUUGGAGCGAUGAAAAUAACUGUUAGAUGACUUUUGAAUG